AUGGCAGUGACAGUCGCCAUUUUAUUUUUUAAAAAUCUAACUGAAUAGGACGCAGAGCGACACUCAUAUUUCGAUAAGUUUGGUGGAUGAAACAGAAAGACGGAUGAAAACCUAAUUCAUUUUUUUUGAAAGAAUGACGCUGAACAUGACUGUAAACUGAGGGACUCUCCUUAGAGCCAGGAGCCACGGACUAAUAUCAUUUGGAACACAAUAUCAACAACUUUUUUCUGGGGGGGGGGAGCAGAAGUAACCUAUCAUUGAAGGGACAAAAGGGGAAUAAUGGUGAUUUUGCGCCGGGCUCGGCCGCCUGCUUCCGCCCCGAACAGCAAUGAAUCUUGACUCGCUCUCGCUGGCUUUGUCUCAAAUCAGCUACCUGGUGGACAAUUUAACGAAAAAAAAUUACAGAGCCAGCCAGCAGGAAAUACAGCAUAUUGUGAAUUGUCACGGCCCUGAGGCAGACAGGCAUCUUCUUCGCUGUCUAUUCUCUCAUGUGGAUUUCAGUGGCGAUGGUAAAAGCAGCGGCAAGGACUUCCAUCAGACUCAGUUUCUGAUCCAGGAGUGUGUGUCGCUGAUCUCAAAGCCAAACUUUAUCUCUUCUCUGUGCUACGCCAUUGACAAUCCCCUGCAUUACCAGAAGAGUUUGAAGCCUUCAGCUCAUUUAUUUACUCAGCUGAGUAAAGUUCUGAAGCUUAGCAAGGUCCAAGAGGUGAUAUUUGGCCUUGCCUUGUUGAUCUCCAGCAACACAGACCUUCGAGGUUUUGCUGCCGUCUUCGUCAAGCAGAAGCUUCCAGAUCUUCUGCGGUCAUACGUGGACGCAGACCUUGGAGGCAAUCAGGAAGGUGGCUUCCAGGACAUUGCCAUAGAGGUCCUGCACCUGCUCCUCUCCCAUCUGCUGUUCGGCCAGAAGGGAGCCAGUGGUGUAGGGCAAGAGCAGAUUGAGGCCUUCCUCAAUACUCUCUGCAGAGAUUUCCCACAGGAGCGCUGCCCUGUGGUGCUUGCACCACUGCUAUACCCUGAAAAACGCGACAUUCUGAUGGAUAGGAUCCUACCAGACUCUGGAGAGCUACUCAAGACCAUGAUGGAAAGUUCUCUUGCAGAUUUCAUGCAAGAAGUUGGCUAUGGCUUCUGUGCAAGUAUGGACGAGUGCAGGAACAUAAUCCUCCAGUAUGGGGUGAGAGAGGUGACGGCCAGCCAGGUAGCCAGGGUCCUGGGCAUGAUGGCUCGGACUCACUCUGGCCUGGCUGAUGGCAUUCCACUACAGUCCAUCUCGACUCCAGGAAGCAGCAUCUGGAGUGAUGGAAAGGACAAAAGUGAUGGCUCACAGACACACACCUGGAACGUGGAUGUUUUCAUUGAUGUGGUCAAAGAAGUGAACCCCAAUCUAAACUUCAAGGAGGUGACGUAUGAAUUGGACCACCAUGGCUUCAUGAUCCGGGACAGUAAAGGCCUGAAAAUUGUGGUCUGUGGCAUUGUAAGGGGCCUGGCGAUGGAGCUGUUCCCUGUUGAUCUCAUCUAUAGACCAUGGAAACAUGCCGAGGGACAGCUUUCGUUCAUCCAGCAUUCCCUGAUGAGUCCGGAGGUAUUUUGCUUCGCAGACUACCCAUGUCACACAGUAGCCAUUGACAUCCUCAAGGCGCCACCUGAAGAUGACAAUAAGGAGAUUGCAACCUGGAAAAGCCUGGACCUGGUAGAGAGCCUACUCAGACUGUCAGAGGUUGGCCAGUAUGAGCCGGUGAAGCAGCUGUUCAGCUUCCCCAUCAAGCACUGCCCAGACAUGUUGGUUCUGGCAUUGCUGCAGAUUUCCACUUCCUGGCACACACUUCGCCAUGAGCUAAUUUCCACCCUCAUGCCUAUCUUCCUGGGCAACCACCCUAACUCAGCCAUUAUCUUGCACUAUGCCUGGCAUGGACAGGGACAGUCUCCAUCUAUCCGCCAGCUAAUCAUGCACUCGAUGGCCGAGUGGUACAUGAGGGGCGAACAUUACGACCAGGCCAAGCUCUCUCGUAUUCUGGAUGUUGCCCAGGAUUUGAAGUCUCUGUCGAUGCUGCUGAAUGCUACUCCGUUUGCCUUUGUUAUUGAUCUUGCUGCACUUGCCUCUCGCCGUGAAUACCUCAAACUAGACAAAUGGCUGACGGAUAAAAUACGAGAGCACGGGGAGCCUUUCAUUCUGGCGUGUGUGACGUUCCUGAAGAGGCGCUGCCCAUCAAUCAUGGGAGGUCUGGCUCCAGACAAGGACCAGCCCAAGAGCGCCCAGCUGCCCCCGGAGACGUUGGCCACCAUGCUGGCCUGCCUACAGUCCUGUGCUGGGAGUGUGUCCCAGGAACUGUCUGAGACUAUCCUCACCAUGGUGGCGAACUGCAGCAACGUGAUGAACAAAGCCCGCCAGCCGCCACCAGGAGUGAUGCCCAAAGGCCGCGCACCCAGCACCAGCAGCCUGGAUGCCAUCUCUCCAGUACAGAUUGACCCUUUGUCCGCCAUGGGUUCCCUGAAUCUCGGUGGUUCCACCACCUCACACACCCAAAACAUGCAGGGCUUUCCGUCUUCACUGAGCUCUGCUUUCAGUAACCCACAGUCCCCAGCCAAAGCAUUCCCACCGCUGACCAAUCCCAACCCCAGCACAGCCUUUGGGGGCAUCGGCAGCCUGUCUUCCCAGCUUCCUGGCAUGGACUCGGGUCCUCUUGGAUCAGGCAUUGGCUCAAGCAUUGGUUCUGGUCUUGGAAUGCCUGCAGUAACUAGUGACCCAUUCGGCACAAGGAAGAUGAGCACACCGGGACUCAACCCACCAACCUUUCAGCAGACGGACCUCUCUCAGGUGUGGCCAGAGGCUAACCAGCACUUUAGUAAGGAGAUCGAUGAUGAAGCCAACAGCUACUUCCAGCGCAUCUAUAACCACCCACCACACCCCACCAUGUCUGUAGAUGAGGUUUUGGAGAUGCUGCAGAGGUUCAAGGACUCCACCAUAAAGCGGGAGAGAGAAGUGUUCAAUUGCAUGCUGCGCAAUCUAUUCGAGGAGUAUCGGUUCUUCCCCCAGUACCCAGACAAGGAGCUCCACAUCACCGCCUGCCUGUUUGGAGGCAUCAUUGAGAAGGGCCUGGUCACCUACAUGGCUCUAGGACUGGCCCUGCGUUAUGUUCUUGAAGCAUUGCGGAAACCCUUUGGAUCAAAAAUGUACUACUUCGGAAUUGCUGCUCUAGACAGGUUCAAAAACAGAUUGAAGGAUUAUCCUCAGUAUUGUCAACACUUGGCCUCAAUUGGCCACUUCUUGCAAUUUCCCCAUCAUUUACAAGAGUGUGUACAGUAUAUCGAGUAUGGCCAGCAGUCACGGGACCCUCCGGUGAAGUUGCAAGGCUCCAUCACUACCCCGGGCAGCCUAGCCCUGGCCCAGGUCCAAGCUCAGUCCCAGCAGCCUGGUGUGCCCAAAGCCCCGCAGCCUGGUCAGGCUAGCACCCUGGUCACCACCACCACCGCCACAACUACUGUGGCCAAAACCACUACAAUCGCAAGACCUACACCCAGUGGCUUCAAGAAGGAUGUGCCCGUAAGUACUAUAAUGCCCUCAAUAAACACAACCAACAUAGACACACUGUUGGUAGCCACCGACCAGACAGAGAGGAUUGUAGAGCCGCCGGAGAACGUCCAGGAAAAGAUCGCCUUCAUCUUCAACAACCUGUCUCAGUCGAACAUGACACAGAAGGUGGAGGAGCUGAAGGAAACUGUGAAGGAGGAGUUCAUGCCCUGGGUGUCUCAGUACCUAGUGAUGAAGCGUGUCAGCAUCGAGCCAAACUUCCACAGCCUGUACUCCAACUUCUUGGACACGCUGAAGAACCCAGACUUUGGGAAGAUGGUCCUCAGUGAAACCUACAGAAAUAUCAGGGUGCUCUUGACCUCGGACAAGGCUGCAGCCAAUUUCUCUGAUCGCUCCCUAUUGAAGAACUUGGGCCACUGGCUGGGCAUGAUCACCCUAGCCAAGAAUAAGCCUAUUCUUUACACGGACCUGGAAGUGAAGUCUCUCUUGCUGGAAGCCUAUGUGAAGGGUCAGCAAGAACUCCUGUACGUUGUUCCCUUUGUGGCCAAAGUACUGGAAUCCAGUUUACGCAGUGUGGUGUUCAGACCACAGAACCCCUGGACCAUGGCCAUCAUGAAUGUUCUAGCAGAGCUGCACCAGGAGCAUGACCUCAAGCUUAACCUUAAGUUUGAGAUUGAAGUUCUUUGUAAGAACUUGUCUCUGGACAUUAACGACCUCAAGCCGGGUACGCUGCUGAAGGACAAAGAGAAGCUGAAGAGCCUGGAGGAGCAGCUGUCUGCACCAAAGAAAGAGGCCAAGCCUCCAGAGGAGAUGCUCCCUAUUGUCACCACAGGAGACUUUCUUCCAUUUGCAGUUGCACCUUCUACCCCUGCUGCCACUACCACCGCCUGCACAACGACUGGGCCCCCCACCCCACAGUUCAGUUAUCAUGACAUCAAUGUCUACGCUCUGGCCGGCCUGGCCCCGCACAUCAACAUCAACAUCAACAUCCCCCUGCUGCAGGCCCACCCUCAGCUGAAGCAGUGUGUGCGGCAGUCAGUCGAGCGGGCCGUCCAGGAGCUGGUGCACCCUGUGGUCGACCGCUCCAUCAAAAUUGCCAUGACAACCUGUGAGCAGAUUGUGAGGAAGGACUUUGCCCUGGACUCGGAGGAGUCUCGCAUGCGCGUAGCGGCGCACCACAUGAUGAGGAACCUGACCGCCGGCAUGGCGAUGAUCACGUGCCGGGAGCCCCUCCUCAUGAGCAUCGCCACCAACCUCAAGAACAGCUUCGCCGCGGCGCUGAGGGCUCCCACCCCUCAGCAAAGGGAGAUGAUGGAGGAGGCUGCAGCCAGGAUUGCCCAGGAUAACUGUGAACUGGCCUGCUGCUUCAUCCAGAAGACGGCGGUAGAGAAGGCUGGACCUGAGAUGGACAAGAGAUUGGCCACCGAGUUUGAGCUGAGGAAGCAUGCACGCCAGGAAGGCCGUCGUUACUGUGACCCCGUCGUGCUGACCUACCAGGCUGAGCGCAUGCCUGAGCAGAUCAGACUCAAGGUGGGAGGAGUGGACCCAAAACAAUUGGCCGUGUAUGAGGAGUUUGCAAGGAAUGUUCCAGGCUUCCUCCCGAGCAAUGACCUCUCUCAGCCCACCGGUUUCCUCGCCCAACCAAUGAAGCAACAGGCAUGGGCUACUGAUGAUGUUGCUCAAAUCUACGACAAGUGCAUGGCGGACUUGGAGCAACACCUCCAUGCCAUCCCCCCAGCCCUGGCCUUGAACCCUCAGACACAAGCCCUGCGCAGCCUGCUGGAAGCCGUGGCCUUGGCCCGGAACUCCAGGGACGGCAUCGCUGCACUUGGGUUACUGCAGAAGGCUGUGGAGGGUCUGCUAGAUGCAACCAGCGGAGCUGAUGCUGACCUGCUGCUGCGCUACAGAGAGUGCCACCUACUAGUGCUCAAAGCCCUGCAAGACGGACGCGCUUAUGGACCGCAGUGGUGCAAUAAGCAGAUCACCAGGUGUCUGAUUGAGUGCCGUGAUGAGUACAAGUACAACGUGGAGGCUGUGGAAUUGCUGAUCAGAAACCAUCUGGUUAACAUGCAGCAGUACGACCUUCACCUGGCACAGUCGAUGGAGAAUGGACUGCACUACAUGGCAGUAGCCUUUGCCAUGCAGUUGGUGAAGCUUUUGCUGGUAGACGAGCGCAGUGUUGGCCACAUCACAGAGGCUGACCUCUUCCACACCAUCGAGACCCUGAUGAGGACCAGCGCACACUCCAGGGCCAACGCACCAGAAGGUCUGCCCCAGUUGAUGGAUGUCGUUCGCUCCAACUACGAGGCCAUGAUCGACCGAGCUCAUGGAGGACCCAACUUCAUGAUGCACUCUGGCAUCUCCCAGGCAUCGGAGUACGACGACCCUCCGGGCCUGAGAGAGAAGGCAGAAUACCUGCUGAGGGAGUGGGUCAACCUGUACCACUCUGCUGCAGCCGGCAGAGACAGCACCAAGGCCUUCUCUGCCUUUGUUGGACAGAUGCACCAGCAGGGCAUCCUGAAGACAGACGACCUGAUCACCAGGUUUUUCCGGCUAUGCACAGAGAUGUGUGUGGAGAUCAGCUACCGGGCACAGGCCGAGCAGCAGCACAACCCUGCCGCCAGCGCAGCCAUCAUCAGGGCCAAGUGUUACCACAACCUGGACGCCUUCGUCCGGCUCAUCGCCCUGCUGGUCAAGCACUCUGGAGAGGCCACCAACACCGUCACCAAGAUCAAUCUGCUCAACAAGGUGCUGGGUAUUGUGGUAGGUGUGCUGAUCCAGGACCAUGACGUGCGGCAGACCGAGUUCCAACAGCUGCCCUACCAUCGCAUUUUCAUCAUGCUACUGCUGGAGCUCAACGCCCCGGAACACGUCCUGGAAACCAUCAACUUCCAGACCCUCACGGCCUUCUGUAACACUUUCCACAUCCUGCGGCCCACCAAAGCACCUGGCUUUGUUUAUGCCUGGCUGGAGCUCAUCUCCCACCGUAUCUUCAUUGCGAGGAUGCUGGCGCACACGCCGCAGCAGAAGGGUUGGCCCAUGUAUGCUCAGCUGUUGAUCGACCUGUUCAAGUACCUGGCCCCCUUCCUGAGGAAUGUAGAGCUCAACAAACCUAUGCAAAUUCUCUACAAGGGCACACUGCGCGUACUUCUGGUACUGCUGCACGACUUCCCAGAGUUCCUGUGUGACUACCACUACGGCUUCUGUGACGUCAUCCCACCCAAUUGCAUCCAGCUCCGCAAUCUCAUCCUCAGUGCCUUUCCGCGUAACAUGAGGCUUCCUGACCCCUUCACACCCAACCUUAAGGUGGACAUGCUGAGCGAGAUCAACAUUGCCCCUCGUAUCCUCACCAACUUCACCGGGGUCAUGCCCUCCCAGUUCAAGAAGGACCUGGACUCCUACCUGAAGACGCGCUCACCAGUAACCUUCCUCUCAGAGCUGCGCAGCAACUUGCAGGUUUCCAACGAGCCCGGUAAUCGCUACAACAUCCAGCUGAUCAAUGCCCUAGUGCUGUAUGUGGGGACGCAGGCCAUCGCUCACAUCCACAACAAGGGAAGCACCCCAUCCAUGAGCACAAUCACCCACUCUGCACACAUGGACAUCUUCCAAAACCUGGCUGUUGAUCUGGACACGGAGGGGCGUUACCUGUUCCUAAACGCGAUAGCCAAUCAGCUCCGUUACCCGAACAGCCACACCCAUUACUUCAGCUGCACCAUGCUCUACCUGUUUGCUGAGGCCAACACCGAGGCCAUCCAGGAGCAGAUCACCAGGGUUCUGCUGGAAAGGCUGAUCGUGAACAGACCACAUCCAUGGGGGCUUCUCAUCACCUUUAUUGAGCUCAUCAAAAAUCCUGCCUUCAAGUUCUGGAGCCACGACUUUGUGCACUGUGCACCUGAGAUUGAAAAGCUGUUCCAGUCCGUAGCUCAGUGCUGUAUGGGACAGAAGCAGGCCCAACAGGUGAUGGAAGGCACUGGUGCCAGCUAGUCUAUCCCAGCCAAACCUGUUGUCUAUGGGAAAGACGUUGGGGUCCUAACACACAUCCACACACCACCUCCUUUACUGUUGGCACUGGACAAACUGGCAAUGAUACUCGCUCAAACAAUGGAUAGGACUACUGCAUACGAAUCUGAAGAGUUUGAGUUGUCAUUUGUCUCUCUGAUGUUCAGAAGAGAGAUUUGGACAUGCUGUUAAAUAUAUUUUUUUUUGAUCCUUUGUAAAUAUCUGGGCUGGGGAAGGGGAUUGAAUGACUAGGUGGAUAAAUUAAAGUGUCCAUAUCAAAUGUAACAAUACAUGUAAAGACACGUACCCCUGGUUUGCCUCCCUCCCACAAGUUUUUUUUUUUUCUGCUUUGACUUUUUCUUUUUCAGUCAAUAUGGAAAGUAGAGGAUGCAAUAAAACGGCUAUCUGCUCUUUGUUUUG